GCGCUUCAGAUGCGGGCGACUGCAGCACUCAAAGCGGGCGUGAGAUCUGCCGAGGACCGGCAUCGCGUUUCUGGGAUUCAUCGGGAAGUUGAAUUCACUUUGACUUGCGGUUGAAAGUUACGGUUCUAGUGGAUGAGUUGUCAAGUGGUGUGCGUUCAACUUUCUCGUACGAACUUUCUCGCCCCGCGGUUCACUCGCACCGAUGUUAGCGGUCGGGCAGAUGGAUGGUAACCGGCAGAGUGCGUUCGUUCUGGGCAGCACUCCUCUGGCUGCGCUGCACAACAUGACCGAGAUGAAGACGUCUUUAUUCCCGUACGCCCUGCAGAACCCCGCGGGCUUCAAGGCUCCUUCCUUCGGCAACCUGAGCUCUCAGAUCCCGCUGGGAACACCGCAUGGAAUUAGCGAUAUUUUGGGGAGACCCAUCACCUCCGCGGGACAGCUGCUGUCGGGCUUCCCCCGGAUCAACGGACUCACUUCAGCGGGGAUGUACUUCAACCCUGCGGCGGUGUCUCGGUACCCCAAACCGCUGACGGAGCUGCACGGGAGGGCGCCCAUAUUUUGGCCCGGGAUGAUGCAGGGCUCCCCCUGGAGAGACCCGAGGGUUCCCUGUCCGGCACAGGCAAAUAUGAUGCUGGACAAUGAUGGGAAGAAGAAACACUCCAGACCAACUUUUUCCGGACAGCAGAUCUUCGCCCUGGAGAAGACCUUCGAGCAGACCAAGUAUCUGGCCGGACCGGAGCGCGCUCGCCUCGCGUAUUCUCUGGGAAUGACCGAGAGCCAAGUCAAGGUUUGGUUUCAGAACAGAAGAACCAAAUGGCGCAAGAGGCACGCGGCAGAGAUGGCCACAGCGAAGAAGAAGCACGACUCCGAGACAGAGAAGAUGAAGGAGAGCUCCGAGAACGAGGAGGAUGAUGAAUAUAACAAACCUCUGGACCCCAACUCCGACGAGGAGAAAAUCACGAGACUGUUGAAGAAGCACAAGACGAGUAACCUGUCCCUCAUCAGCCCCUGCAGCAACAGCUCGGACACUUUGUGAUGACACCGAGCAGAGACUCUUCAUCAUCAUCAUCAUCAUCAUCAUCGUCUUCUGCAGAACCGAGGCAGAAUCAAGCAGGGUAUAAACACAGUUCACGCUUUGCUCUGUUGUACAGUUAGAAGUGGACGUGAAGUGUGUAUAUAUAUUUUUUACUGAGUAAAUUAUGUCAUUAAAGCAUCACGGAGACGUGCCACUUCCCCUUCAUCAUCAUCAUCAUCUUCAUCACGGUCAUUUUUUGUCUUCGAUCGCAGAAGAAUAAGCGUCUGAAAGUGUCAAGAGUGUAUAGAGAAGUGCCAGCGAUGUAAAUGAUGUGAAUAGAUUUGGUUUUAAUAAUUUCCUGGAGUUUAUGUUUACUUCACAACACGGAAAACUCAAAAGUAUGGACAUAAAUAUCGACGGAGAGAAUACUAUUGAAGAAAAAACUUUGUAUCAUCAAUAAAUUAUUUAACAAGCCAA